GCAGUUUUUUAGACAGCUUUAGAUCAACAGCUGAAACCUAUAGAAAAAAAGAAAUGGCAAUUGCCAAAAUAACAACAGUCAACAAAAAUGGUUUAGAUCUUUUAAUUUUACAAAAUCGUUAUGUAUUUCUUAAAACGUACAUGUGAUUUUAAAUCAAUAUGCACAAUUGUACGUUUAUCCAGGUAUUUUUAUUCCAGUCAAAUACGAAAAUCGCACUAUGACAUUCUCAAUUUACGCAAAAAUUGUUCAGACAAAGAAAUUAAAAAUGCAUUUAUACAAAUGAGUAAAGAGUACCAUCCAGAUAAGAAUAAAGAUGCUAAAGCUCAAGAAAAGUUUGUUAAGAUUGUUGAAGCAUAUAACAUUUUAAGUAAACCAAGCAGCAGGGCACAAUAUGACAAUAUAAUGGACAGCCAAGUAAAGACUCAUUCAUAUGUGUAUAGAACACAUACACCUUACAACUUCAGAAAUAAUACGGCAUAUAACUAUUAUGAGCAGCCUAAUAGUAAAGCAAAUGAUAAAAAAACAGGAUAUUAUGGAGUGAAAGGUCUGAAAAAACUUUCAAAUCUGGCCAUAACAGUUCUAUGUUUUACUGUAGCUUUGGUUGGCACUAUAAUACAACUUGUUGUAAUAAGACAGUCAUAUUUAGUACAUCGAAAGAGGACACAAGAAAAGUCAAAGAUUUUAGCGGAAGAAUUAGAAAAAGUACGAGAAAAUGCAAAAGGGAAAACGAAUAGUAUGCAGACACAAGCUUUGUUAGACAAAAUCGUAAGUUCAUCAAACUCUACAGUAGCCACUGCGUCAUUAGGUCAGGCACUGGCCAAUGAGAAAAGUAAAUCAUAAAAAUUGAUUAGGAACGAAUUGUUAGGAAUUUUAUCCUAAAAUAAGAAGUUUUUUAUUGUAUGCCUCGGAUAAUUUUCUUAACAGUACUGGUAACUAGAAUUCUGUGAACAAUCAUAUUGUAUAGAUAUAAAAUUUGAUUAAAAAUACAUAAUUUUAAUCAUACAGAAAUGAAAUUAAAAUAAAUUACUAAAAUAUUCUAAAUGUAAGGUAACCGAACCACUGUUCAAGUUCAAGACUGUAUUCUGUAUUUUAUUUGCUGCCUUAACAUCAGAUUAAAUUAUUUAUAUAUUUAAAAGAAACAUAUUUUUUUAUGAUCAAUUCAAAUAACAUUAUUAAAAAUUGCGACGUUUGGUUAAAAAGUUCACCCCUUAAAUCUAUGAAUAAAUGUAUUCACACAUAUUUAUUGCGGCAUAUUUAUUUAUUUAGGUAAUUAUUUUAUUUAAACAUUGUACAAGGUAACAAUAAACAAUAAAAAACCUAAAGAGUAAAGAUAUGUUUAACAAUUACUUGGAAUUUAUACUUGACGCUAGCUAAUGCACAAACCGUGCCAGAGCCAUAAAGGAAAAAAAAAUACUUGGAAACAAGAAACAUUUAUUAUGAAUCCGAGUAUAUAUUAAAAAUAGUCGUAAUUAGUAUGACUUAACUUAUUGUACUAUAAAUUUACCGGUAUUUUGAUAUAACAGGUAAUGUUAUGUUUAAUUUCUUAAUGUUCACAGGUUCUUGUAACAGCAUAGUAACCUAAUAUGUAAAUAAAAAUAGCGAACUUAACGUAGAAAAAUACAUAAAGAUUUUGUGGUACUACCUCAAUUUAUUUUUGUAAAUAUUCUAACA